UUUUAUUAAAAUUUUAUGUCGUAAUAUCGAAUCUAAUUAAUCGAGUUAUCGAUUUGACUUGACACUUCACAGGUUUGCCGUAAUAUUGGAAAUUUGACAUUUCUGUUUUGUUUUGAUUUGAUAUGGUAAAUAACAUAUAUAAAAAAAAAUCAGGCAAAACUAAAUGGCUCACCCUAAAGCUAUUCUCUUCUUAGCAGAGACCAAAGUUUAUAGCAGCGAGGACAGUGAUUCAGGCAGCUGGAGUGAUGUGUGUAGCCUUAAAGCUGAAGAUGAUUCUUCAGAGUACGAGAGUCAGAAUGAAGAAGAUACGCUAUUUUUCCCAUUAAUGCAAUAUUUAAUAAGACUGAGACGUCGAAGAGUUGAUGAUUAUCUUCAUAUUGUGGAUUCGUGGACAGAUGGUGAAUUCAAGAAUCGCAUGCGACUUUCACGAAAGACAGCUUAUCGGCUUAUUGAUGACUUAGAAAAAUCAGGAUUUAUUGCAUCACACAAGUUUGGAUUGAAGCCAUUGGAACCUAAGUUAUGUUUCUACAUUUUCUUAUCAUUUAUUGCGAAUACCGAGCCACUAACACCUAUAGCUACUAAAUUUGAUAUCUCCAUAUCAUCAACUUUCAGAGUUAUAAGAAGAGUUGUAGCUUGGAUGUUGACCAAAUUAAAUGAUGCCAUCAAGUGGCCACAAAACUAUAUUGAAUUCAGAACAAUUUGUGAUGCCUUCCAGUUGAAAACUGGGAUUUCAAAUACAAUAGGAGUAAUUGACUGCACUAAUAUUAAAAUAGAAAAACCUAAAAAUGCUAGAGAUUACUGCAACCCUAAAGGAUAUUAUUCAAUAAUUUUGCAAGCAACUGUGGACUCCCACAUGAGAUUUACAAAUAUUUUUUGUGGCGAACCAGGAUCUUCUAACUGUGCUCGGGUUUUGAGGAAGUCACCUUUAUAUAAUACAGCAAUGGCUAACAGAGAUUCAUUAUUUCCACAUGACACUUUUCUCAUUGGACAUUCUGGUUAUCCAGCUCUGCCGUGGCUAGUGCCGCCUUUUAGAGAGAACAAGCGUUUAACAACCCAACAGAGAGAAUAUAACACAAUACAUGCAUCUACUAGGAAGAUAAGUGACAAAGCGUUUAAUCUGCUCAAAGGAAGAUUUCGCAGGAUAAAACUUUUCACUGUGUAUAGAAAUAUAGCUUUUAUCACAGACACCAUUGUUGCUGCUUGCAUUCUACAUAACUACUGUAUAAAUGAAAAUGAUCAUCUUGAAGAAAAUGAAUAAGACUGUUAAUCAAGGAUGAUGCUGUAUACUUUUAUUUUUUAAGUAAGUAUAGAAUAAAAUAUGUAAAGUAGUUUGUUUAAUAACA